CCCCCGGCCAGGGCCCGGCCAUGGAGCUGCUGUUUGGGCGCCGGAAGACCCCGGAGGAGCUGCUGCGGCAGAACCAGCGAGCGCUGACCCGGGCCAUGCGGGAGCUCGACCGGGAGCGGCAGAAGCUGGAGACGCAGGAGAAGAAGAUCAUCGCCGACAUCAAGAAGAUGGCCAAGCAGGGCCAGAUGGACGCCGUGAAGAUCAUGGCCAAGGACCUGGUGCGGACCCGCCGCUACGUCAAGAAGUUCAUCCUGAUGCGGGCCAACAUCCAGGCCGUGUCGCUCAAGAUCCAGACGCUGAAGUCCAACAACAGCAUGGCCCAGGCCAUGAGGGGCGUCACCAAGGCCAUGGGCACCAUGAACCGGCAGCUAAAGCUGCCCCAGAUCCAGAAGAUCAUGCAGGAGUUCGAGAAGCAAGCGGAGAUCAUGGACAUGAAGGAGGAGAUGAUGAACGACGCCAUCGACGACGCCAUGGGAGACGAAGAGGACGAGGAGGAGAGCGACGCCGUGGUGUCCCAGGUGCUGGAUGAACUGGGCCUCAGCCUGACGGAUGAGCUUUCCAACCUGCCGUCCACCGGAGGGUCCCUCAGCGUGGCGGGAGCCGGGAAGAAAACGGAGCCGUCGUCAUCGGCGGCGCUGGCCGACGCCGACGCGGACCUGGAGGAACGGCUCAAGAACCUGCGGCGGGAUUGAGCGGGGCCCGGUCCCCCGGCCUCUCCCCGAGACCCGGGGGGAGCAGGG